AUGACAGAGCCGGCGCCAUCACUCGUGCACCAGCGCUCUCUCCGUCGCGCUCAGGGCCUCACCACCGCCUCUGGUCAACUCAGUCCGCCCGCGCAGACGCAUGUCUUGCCUUUACGCUCGCCCGCGCACCGGCGGGCACAGAGCGCCGGUUCACUCAGUCCGCCAUUAUUUCCCGAUCCGCAUGCUGGAGGGCUUAAAGGGAAGAUGAAGCGAGCAGUGAGCCGAGGGAAGGAACUGAAGGAUAACGCCAAGGAGGCCGUUCGACGGAGGAGGGGCGUGGCGGUGGAGCCACACGCGCAGGCUCAAGGGCACGGCCGAAGCCAGUCUUUCUCUGCUUCACCCUCGACCUCGUUCCCUCCUCGGUUCACCCCGAAUAUGGCCACGAUAAUCUCCCCGACGUCUAUCGCGCAAGAGACAUCACAAUCUACCCUUCUACCUGGCGACACGCCGAACCCAUCCAUCACGCCUUCAAGCAUACCUGCCGAUCCUGUCGUACCUGCGCUACUACAGGCUGGCACCCCACUUACUAAGGUCUCGGGCAAGAAACAACAACGCAUCGUGUUCAGGCUCGACCCAGAUCAAGGCCAUGUCGUUUGGGAGACCAAGAAGACGCACAUCAUCCCACUGGAGAACGUCGUCGAGCUUCGAUUCGGCUCCGCCGCGCGUCUGACGCGGGAGGCGUUGCAGCUCAGUUCGUCACUUGAGCCAAGGUGGCUGACGGUUGUGUAUACGUUGGACUCGAGGUGGAAGACGCUCAAUGCUGUGGCGCCGGACGAGCAGAUUGCAAACCUCUGGCACUCCACACUUCGCGCGCUUGUAGCAGCCCGACAAGCUCUGCUCGCGGGCGUAGGCGGUCUUUCCGCACGCGAUGCAGCUUGGGCACGGCGGUACUGGGCCGGCGCCGCCUCACCGUCUCUUUCGUCGACAUCGCCACGGCUGGGGAUGGAUAUCCCUUCGUCAUCUUCCUCUCCGCGGCUGGGAAUGGACGGCACACCUUCAUCCUCACCUUCACUCAACGGUGCCAUGGCCUCUAUCGGCGCCGCAGCUGCCACAUCCGCCUCGCCCAGCAAUGGCACGACUGCCGUUGAUGCAAAUACGAAGACGUAUGGGCCCGUCGAGGGCGAGAAGCUCAUGUUCGAAGACGUUGCAAGGCUUUGCAGGAGGCUGAACAUUCAACCUGGACGCGAGGAUCUGGCGAGGACGUUUGCCGCCGCUGAUACGAGAGGAAGGGGCUACUUGGACUUUGAGGACUUCACGCGCUUUGUACGAUUGUUGAAGGCAAGGCCGGAGUUGGAGCGCUUGUGGAAGCGCGUCGCGGCUGAGCAUGGGCACGGCUACUUUGGGUGGGACGCAUGGAAGGCUUUCAUGCGCUUGCAGCAAAAGUCGACGCUCUCAGACGCAGAGUUGCAACGGCUAUUCUUGCGCUAUGCCUCUGUACCCGCCGACGGUCAGCCCCAGAAUACGCUGGACCUUGCUGUUCAGGCUCAGGGUGCGAAGAAGAACGCCGCGGAGGUGGAGAAGGCGGCCGAAGCCAAUGCCAAGGGUGGCGCUGAGGUCGAUGCGCCCGCUAUUGCUGUGCAGACGCCGUCCGGCGAUGCUUCGGCGUCCGCGUCAACGACGCCGACGCCCAUCCCAACUGCGGCAACGACAACCGCGUCACCCUCGGGCCCUGAUGGAACACCACAGCCUCCGGCGCCGGAGCCAUCGCCGCCGACCUUGGGCCGUACACCGAGCGCAGAGCUGCUCGCACGCACCACGCUCUCGAUCGAGGGCUUCACCGCCUUCUUGCUCUCUUCGGACAAUGCGCCACUCAAGAACGAAGCGCACGAUAUGACCAGGCCGCUGAGCGAGUACUAUGUGUCGAGCAGCCACAACACCUACCUCGUCGGCAACCAGCUUACGGGCGAGAGCACGGUGGAGGGGUACAUCCGCGCGCUGCUGCACAGCUGUCGGAGCGUUGAGCUGGACAUCUACGACGGCGAGACCGAGCCAGUCGUCUAUCAUGGCAAGACCCUCACGCGUCGUGUACCCCUGCGUGACAUCUGCAACGCCAUCGCCCAAUACGCCUUCGUCGUCUCACCCUACCCGGUCAUCCUAAGUGCCGAAGUUCACUGUUCGGUACCGCAACAAGAAGCGCUCGUGCGCGUCAUGCACGAAUGCUUCAGGGACGCCUUGGUGCACGUUCCUCCCGACGGGUCGAGGCCGCAGAUCACCGUACUGCCCAGCCCGGAUGAUCUGAAGGGCAAGGUGCUGCUCAAGGCGAAGAACUUGUUCGUGGUGGACGAGAUGGGCGGGAUCAAGGCGAGGGAGGUUAGUGUGGGCGACGAGAGCAGUUCUACGACUACGACCACCAGUGCGACGACUACGGAAACGGAGAAUGACGACGAGGAAAGCAUCGCGAAGGAAGUUCAGGAGGGCGUGCGCGAGGUCAAAGACGAGGUGAAAGAAGAGUUCGCUAAAGCGCGCGCGCUUCUUCGCCGCGGACCGCGUCGGCGACCCGCCGCCUCGCCCGCGCCACCUUCCUCUUCGUCUGGCUCAGGAUCAGGAUCAGGAUCAGGAGAGAAGCAGAAGGCACGCAUGAGCCCCGCACUUGUUGCGCUGCUCGUGUACACCGUGGGCGUCAAGUGCCGAGGCUUGAACAAGAAGGUCGCCUAUGCGCCCGAACACGUUUUCUCCCUCUCCGAGAACGCGCUCUCGAAGCUGCUCAAGGCGCCCGGCGGCGCGGCAGAUCUCGCGAAGCACUGCCGCGGCCAUGUCGUGCGCGUCUACCCUCGCGGUACGCGGCUCAGCAGCUCCAACUACACCCCGCAUCGUGCGUGGGCGGCCGGAUGCCAGCUAGUUGCGAUCAACUGGCAGACCUGCGAUCUGGGCUUCACGCUGAACCACGCGAUGUUCCAACGCAACAACCGCGCAGGAUAUGUGCUCAAACCCUUGGCGCUGAGGAUGGGCGAUCGGGAGGCUUUGGCGAAGCGCACACAGCAUUUCCUCGACAUCGAGGUGGUCAGCGCGCAGCAGCUGCCGAGGCCGAAGGACGACAACGGGCGCGAGGUGCUGGACAAUAAGGGUACGAUGGACCCGUUCGUCGAGGUCAGCGUGCAUGUUCCCGAUUGGAUGCACGUUCUUCCGAAGGACAGUGCGCCGAAUGGCAAACCAGCUCUACCUGGCGGCGAAGGUGCUACGCCGGCCAAGGUAGUCACAGCGAAGACGGGCGUGGUGAAGAAUAACGGGUUCAACCCCGUCUGGGCCGAGAGCCUCAGCUUGCCGUUCGAUGUGCUGGGCGGGAUGACGGAGUUGGUAUUCGUCAGGGUCGCGGUGCGCGAUGCGAGCAGGGGAGGAGGCGACGAGGACGACGCGCUUGCUGUCUGGUGCGCUAGUGUGGGGGAGAUCAGGGAGGGGUGGAGGCAUCUGCCGCUUUGCGAUGCCAGGUUGAGCCAGUACUUGUUCUCGACGCUGUUCGUGAAGAUCGGCGUGAGGAGCGCGUAG